AUGUACUUGGUUUCGGUUCAUUUCGUACCGGUGCACUCGACGGAGGAUCGAGGACGCCAUCCCGAGCCCACCAAUCCUCGUCGGCUGGGACACAUGCUCCAGACGCUGCCGCCAGGAGGAGCAGCCACCGCCAAUUCGCCCACUGUCGAUCCCCCAGACCGAAGGCCGCCAUUCAAGCCUAUCUUAUCAAAUGCAGAAACGUUCGUGCCUAAACGAAAAUAUGCGCCGCCCACUCCACCGCCGACCACACCGAAAGUCCAGCCGGUCCAGCCGGAAAGCCAGUCAGAGACAGCUGCUGGCCCUAGCAGCGGCGACGGCGAACAAUCAUUGGAGCAGUUUAUGAAAGUUAUGAAGGAGUUCUUCAAAAACGAAGUAAUAAAGCAGAAGCCGGAGGCGAGGGAAAAAGAUGAUCUCGAUGAAGUCUUUAGUGUAGAGUGA